AUGGCGGAGAAGUACAACUUGAGUAAUUCAUCACCACAAAGUGACUGUUCACUUUCCCUCCCGACCUCCCUGCGCACCGUGAACAAAUUGGCUUCGUCUUUCCAGCCCGACCUCCCCCUUUCGCCCGCCGUGAAAUUCCAACUCCCUCCUCCCCCCACCUCUACUCCGUGCAUCGUGAACCUAUUCGAUUCCAGCCUUCAAUUUCAUCUGUCUGCCGUGAAGUUCCCGCUUUCCUCUGUCGUGAAUUUCCAGCCGCUGCCCCCUCGCCUCCGCGCGCCGUGUACGCGUUCGGUUCCAGCCCUCGCUUCCGUCGGUCGUGAAGUUCUAGCCCCCAAUUCCGUUCGCCGUGAAGUUCUAGCCCCUGUUUCCUUCCGUCGUGAAUUUCUAGUCCCUGCCUCCGUUGAACACAUUUUGCCUCCGCCACCGGCACUGCCGACACACCAGACAUCCUUCGUAGACAACGGCAAGCAGCUCACUCGAAACAGGAAGUUCUUGACUGUUGCACCAGUGGUGUUGGAUCAUUGGCAACUAAUUGUUAUUAACCCGAAAAAUAGUGCGGUCCUCAUCUUAUAUUGA